AUGGGCAGGCGUCUACCGUGGAAGACAUCCACGACUACUUCAAGCGCCGAUAAGAAACCGCUCGUAAAGUCGGAUAGCCCACGCGCUUCGCGGACUCACUCACCGAGCCUGCCGUCAGCCUCAACCCCGGCAUCGAGCCCGUCCACGUCACCGCCGCCAGAACCACCACCAGAGAGGUUCAUGAGACCUGGUCCUCAACAUGAUGACCGCUACCGCAUGGUCGAGGACGAAUUCGUCAACAUGGCUCACCAAUUCACCACGCAUCUUCACCGCGCAGAGUACAACCGUCUCAAGUCCCUAGCCAAGAGCCAAAACGCCGACACCAUCCGCGAGAUUGAGCGUCCCGUAAUCGGGGCACCCACGCUCCUCGCCCGGCGAAGGCAGGAAAGCGCGCGGCGUGCUGUUAAACAGCGCGGGUUUAUGCGUAACGGUGAUGAAGAAGAGACGCCGUUCGUGGGGAGGAGCUUGAAGGGCUUGAUGGAGAGUCCUAGAAAGGAGCACAAAUGGAUAUCAGGAGGUAUGGCCGGAGCAGCCGCCACAAGAGCAGCAGCUGGGUUUGAUUCACAAAAGUUGAGCCCAAUCAAGCUAAGAGCAACUCCGAAGGCGUUCUCGGCCAAGAAGCGUCAAUUACUCUCCGCGGAUGACGAGACAGACGACGGAGAAGAUCUGGACCUAUCCACGCCCUCUCGGACACCCAUGGUGAAGUCAAGUCGCACUGCUCACACUUCAUCUCCAACCAUGGCUCGUACGCCCUACAUCGGCAAGACAUCCAAGCACAAAGAUAUUCAUGAUGAUGAUGAAGAUGACGACCCCUUUGGGAUCAAGAAGCGAAGAAUUCAACGGCAAAAGUCAAAAGAGCAAGUACGCAAGGUGGAACAGCCAACACCCGCUAAAACGAGGUCUUCUCUCGACGACAUUCCCUCUUUUAUAUGA